AUGCUGGACAGGCGGCUCUCAUUCCGGGAGCACCUGGAGUAUGCGCACAAGAGGGCAAGCGAGACGACAAGGGCACUCUCACGCAUGCUGCUUAAUAUCAGAGGCCCGAGGCAGGAAAGGCGAAAGCUCAUCACCAGCGUGGUAAGCUCGCAGAUCCUCUAUGCCGCCCCGGUGUGGGCUGAUGCAAUUACUGUGCGGUCUUAUGCGCGGGGCAUUGAGGCGGAUUAUCGGCUUUGUGCGUUACGCACGUCAUGCGCCUUCAGAACGGUGUCUGACGACGCGGCACUGGUGAUCGCCGGACUCAUUCCACUAGGGGAACUAGUCCGGGAGAGGGCAGAGCUGGCCGAGACGGCCCAGGACGAAACCGCGCCGGCGCUCAUUCCGGACGUGGGCGUAUGGACCGGAAGAAAGCACGGCGAGGUGGACUUCUACCUGACUCAGGCCCUUAGUGGACACGGGUGUUUUAGGAGCUAUCUGAAGCGAUUCGGGCACGAAUGCGAAGAUGGCUGCCCUUCAUUUGGCAGGGGGGUCAUGGAGGACGCCUACCAUGUCCUCGAGGAGAGCCUGGAGGAGACUUUCUCACCGGAGAGCAUGGUGCCACUAAUGCUGGAGUCAGGGCACAAAUGGGAAGCCACAGCCAAGUUUGUGGCUAAAGUCUUGAAGGAGCUGAGAGCCCUGGAGAGGCAACCGCCGAAGUGGAAGUCCAAGGUCCUACCGAAGCACGACACAAAUGCCGCACAGUAUUCGAUUCCGGAUCACAAGUGA